AUGCGUCUGUCCUCUUUCCUGGCUGUGUUUCGGCCUGCCCUGCCCCUCAUCCUUGGGCUUUCCUUGGGGUGUAGCCUGAGCCUGCUCAUGGUGUCAUGGACGCAAGGGGACACGGAGGAGUCCUGUAGAGAUGAGCUGGGUAAUGGAGGCCUUUUCCAGGGCAGUCAUGUCAGAGACACCCAGGGUGGUAACCUGGAGGGUGGGGGAAAUGAAGACUUCCAACCCCGAAUCAUACCCUAUCACAAGGACCCGAACAAACCUCACAAGAAGGUUCUCAGGACGCGCUACAUCCAUACAGAGCUGGGCAUUCGAGAGCGCCUCCUGGUGGGCAUUCUGACUUCCCGCACCACCCUCAACACGCUGGCAGUGGCCGUCAACCGUACAGUGGCGCACCACUUCCACCGCACCUUCUUCUUCACGGGUCUCCGCAGCGCGAAGGCCCCUCACGGCAUGGCCGUGGUCGCCCACGGCGAUGACCGUCCCGUCUGGCUCAUGUACGAGACGGUGCGACACCUUCACCAGCACCACGGCAACGAGUACGAGUGGUUCUACCUGGCGCAGGACGACACGUACACGCAGGCCGAGAGGCUGACAGACCUGGUGGGUCACCUCAGCGCCGGGCAGGACCUCUACAUGGGCCGCGCUGAGGAGUUUAUCGGGGGCGACGAGCGAGCGCGCUACUGCCAUGGUGGCUACGGCUACCUGCUCUCUCGCAGCCUGCUGGCCCGCCUGCAACCGCACCUGGACGCCUGUCGCAAUGACAUCCUCAGCGUCAGGCCGGACGAGUGGCUCGGACGGUGCAUCAUCGACUACGUUGGCCUGACCUGCGUAGAGGUGCACCAGGAAAUGAGGUACCGUUACUUUGAACUACAGAAGAACGCUGACCCUGAGAGAGAGGACAGCGCCCAGUUUAAAAACGCGUUCACUGUUCACCCGGUCUCAGAACCGGGCCUCAUGUACCGAUUGCACAAACGGUACAGCCAGAUUGAGCUUGAGUGGACCUACGCACAGAUCCAACAGCUCCAGGUCCAGAUUAAUAAUCUGAGUGAGCUAACUCCAGAGGGGAAGGCAGGAGCCACCUGGCCUAUCGGGGUCAACCCUCCCUUCCGGCCCAAGACACGUUUCGAGGUCAUAAACUGGGAAUACUUCACAGAGGAGCACAUCUAUUCGUGCAUUGACGGCUCGCCAAAAUGUGAACUGCGCGGGGUAGACCGCGCCGACGUCAACGCCAUCCUGGAGACAGCCGUGGAGCGUCUGAACGAGCGGUAUCAGCCGCAGCUACGCUUCCGCAAGCAGCGCCUACUUAACGGGUACCGGCGCUUCGACCCCACCCGUGGGAUGGAGUAUCUUCUGGACUUGGCGUUGGAAGCCUUCACUCAGAAGGGUCACAGCCAGGUCAUUGCCAAGCGCGUGGGGCUGCUGCGGCCACUCAGUGCCAUCGAGAUCAUCCCAAUGCCGUACGUGACGGAGGCCACGCGCGUUCAGGUCAUCCUACCGGUCACUGCCCGUGAGCAGGAACACGUGGGCAACUUCUUGGAUAUGUACGUGAUGAACGCGUUGGACACGAGGGACAACGCGCUGCUAACCUUCCUUUUUGUCUACGACCCCUUUGACGCCCAGCGUGUUAGCCACACAGACGUGUUCGCUGGCAUCAAGGCUAUGAUUGGUGAGGUCGAGAAGCGCUACAGCGACGUCAAGAUCCCGUGGAUCAGUGUGAAGACGGAGGUACCCUCGCAGGUCAAGCUGAUGGACAUCAUCUCCAAGAAGCAUCCAGUGGACACUCUUUUCUUCCUGGCUAGCGUGUGGACCGAGGUCAACGCCGACUUCCUCAACCGCUGCAGGAUGAAUGCCAUCAGCAACUGGCAAGUCUUCUUCCCCAUCCACUUCCAGGAGUACAGCCCAGCCUUGGUUUACCGCGACCAGCAGCCGUCCGCUGCGUCCUCUUCCUACACGUCAGAGGCGUUGCGCGACGGGCACUUUGACCGGCACGUCUUCGACGAGGCCUGUUUUUACAAUGCUGACUACAUGGCCGCCCGCAACAAGAUGGCGGCAGACAUCCUGGACAACGACGAACUCAUGGAGAGCAUGGAUGUCUACGAAGUUUUUGUGCGCUAUUCGAACCUGCACGUGUUCCGCGCCGUGGAACCGGCGCUGGUGCAGAAGUACGUUCAUCGGGCCUGCAACCCGCGCUUCAGUGAGGACAUUUACCACCGUUGCGUGCUCAGUAACCUGGAGGGACUAGCCUCGCGGUCACACCUGGCCAUGGCUCUGUUUGAACAAGAGCAAGCGAACAGCACCUAG